AUGGCGGCUCAAGACCAACAUGCUGAGGCCAUAGAAUGGCUCAAGGAAUUCCACAAACAUAUGGACGCCCUGGACUCCAAUCUCGCCAUCCCCAAAUUUUAUACUGAUGACUGCGUUCUGACAUUUGCCUCGAGCCCGGCAAUCACUGGCAAAUCCAACAUUAUCGACUUCUUCGACUCCCAAUUUCCACAUCUGGAUAGCAUGAAGCACACUAUUAAGCAUGUGGAUGUUCUCCCGGAUCGGAUAUAUCAAGAAGCCGAUAUUGUGUACGUAGUAAAGGGAGAUCCGGAAAGAAAGGAAAUUUUCAUUCCUGGCAUGGCUGUGUUUGGAAGAAAGCCGGGAGAUGAGAAGAUGAGUUUCUUUACGGUGUAUUUGGAUCCAACGGCGUUGCAAGAGAGAAUCAAGGCUGUUGCAGCGGGAUCAAUUUAA